AUGCCUACCCUCGAUAUAUGCCAUAUUCGGAAUAACGCAGAUCUCUAUGCGCAAACAUGCCUCUCACGAAACUACCCGAACCUCGCCUCUAACCCAUCCCGCAUCAUCGAGCUCAUGGACUAUCACCAGGCUUUGCAGGAGGAUGCGAAAUCUUUACUUGAACGCGCGAAUGCUUUACAGGUGCAGCUUCUAGUGCUAAAAGUAGAGGGGAAGAACGUUGAGGGGGCGCUGAAGGAAGCGAGGGAGAUCAAGACAAAGCUUCUUGAAGUUGAGAAGGAGGAGGGGCAUGUUAUGAGCAAGAUAGAGGAGCUGGCGCUGGCGUUGCCGAAUAUCACAAGUAAGGAGAUGCCGAGAGGGGCCGAGUUUGAGGUUCUUUGCUACGUCAACGCUGAUGAAAAGACUAUUCAGAUCAAGGACAGCAAAGGGAAGCCAAUUUCUCAUGUUGACGUCGGAAUGCGGCUUGGGAUCCUCGACUUUGCUUCCGCUGACACCGCCUCCGGCCGGGGGUGGUACUACCUCGUCGGCGCCGGCGCCCUACUCGAAAAGGCCCUCGUCUCCUACGCUCUCGACAUGACAACUCGCAACGGUUGGACUCCCGUCUCGCCCCCAUCCCUAGUCUACUCUCACAUCUCCGCCGCUUGCGGGUUUCAACCUCGUGAUAGUAGCGGUGAGCAGCAGGUUUACAACAUUGCGCAGGAUGAGAAGGAUAAGACAAGGGGUGUGCCUGAGAUGAGUCUGACGAGGACAGGCGAUAUUGCACUGGCUGGUAUGAAGGCAAACGCAAUAAUCUCGGAGGCGGAGUUGCCGCUCAAAAGGGUCGCUGCUUCAAGAUGUUAUAGGCCUGACGCUGGGGCGAGAGCAGCGGAUACGAAGGGACUGUACGAAGUGCAUGAGUUCACCACGGUGGAGUUAUUGGCCUGGACGGAGCCAGACAAGGAAGAGAUGGAAUACAUGUUGGACGAAAUAAUCGACAUCCAAACCGAUAUCCUCGGCGCCCUCGGCCUUACAUGCCGUGUCCUCGAUAUGCCAGUCCACAACCUUGGCGCUAGAGAAACCCGUAAAAUCGCCAUUGAAGCCUUCUUCCCCUCCCGCGCCGUGGAGUCGACGGUUGGCUACGAGGAUGAGGGACGCCGGGGAUGGGACGCUAGGGUUCCCGUGGACGGUAAAUGGGACGGUGCUGGCGGUGCCCAGGGUUUUGGCGGCGUUGUUGGAGAUUGGGUGGGAUGGGGAGGAGGGGAUUGUGAGGCUGCCGGAGGUGUUGCACCAGUUUAUGGGUACAGAUAG